AUGCCUUCUUCCCCAGAAUUAUAUUCCUCAUCUAACCCUGUCAACUCUUCUUCUUUUUCAUUGAAUAACAUUUCUAAGUUUUUUCCAAUUGUCUAUGAUGAAAAUUAUUUUGAAUCGUACUCUAAUUCCUAUAUCAGCUUUACCAGCGAAAAUCCAACCACUUAUCAUGUCGUUAAAUAUUUUGGUUCUUUAUUAGAGUCUCAUGGGUUUAAAUAUUUAUCUGAGAAAUCUAAUUGGGGUCAGCUACAAUCAGGUUUUUAUUAUACAACUAGAAAUGGCACCUCAUUCUCUGCUUUUUCAAUUGGUAAAGGUUGGAAGCCAGAAAAUGGGGUUGGUUUAGUCGGUUGCCACAUUGAUGAAUUAACUGCAAAAUUAAAGCCAAAUUCAAUUAAACCAAGUGUUGAAGGCUAUGAAUUAUUGGGUGUUUCUCCCUAUGCUGGCGCUUUAUCUUGGUUAUGGUGGGACAGAGAUCUACAUAUCGGUGGUAAUGUCUUGGUUAAAUCAAAUAAUAAAGAUUCUAAACUUGGGUUUUCAAUUGAAUCCAAAUUGAUCAAGUCUCCUCUACCAAUCGCCCAUAUUCCAAGCUUAGCCCCUCAUUUUGGUGCUCCCUCCCAGGGUCCUUUUAAUUUGGAAACUCAGGCUGUUCCAGUGAUUGGUUACUCUUCUGGAGAUGAUGAACCUGCUACCCUAGAGGAAAAAAGUGCGCCAUUAUAUGGUCGUCAUUCCUUGAAUUUAUUAAGAUAUAUUGCAAAAUUGGCUCAAGUUGAGGUUAAAGAUAUUGUUCAAUUAGAUUUAGAACUUUAUGACGGUCAAAAAGGUACUUUAGGUGGCUUAAAUAAGGAAUUUUUAUUCUGUCCAAGAAUCGACGACCGAAUUUGUGGUUUUGCUGCAAUUCAUGGAUUAAUUGAAUAUGUAAAUAAAUCCAAGAGUAUUCCCGCAGAGGGCUCUUUUUCUAUGGUGACAUUAUAUGACAACGAGGAAGUUGGUUCAUUGUCAAGACAAGGUGCUAAAGGUGGAUUAAGCGAGUCUGUAAUCUCAAGAGUUAUCGAUUCAUUUAUUGGGCCAGAAAACAAUUAUCCCAGUUCUACUUCUGCUUUAAGGUUAACUUACGCCAAUUCAAUAAUAUUAUCUGCUGAUGUUAAUCAUAUGCUUAACCCCAAUUUUAAUAAUGUAUAUUUGGAUAAACAUAAAGCAUUACCAAACACAGGUGUUUGUUUGUCAUUAGAUUCCAAUGGGCACAUGGCUACGGAUGUUACUGGUGUUGUAAUAAUCGAACAAGUUGCUAAAUUAAAUGAUGACAAAAUUCAAUAUUUCAUGAUCAGAAAUGAUUCAAGAUCGGGAGGCACAAUUGGGCCAUCAAUUUCUUCACAAACCGGGGCAAGAACCAUUGAUUUAGGUAUUCCUGAAAUUAGUAUGCAUAGUAUUAGACCAGCAACUGGGUCUAAAGAUGUUGGUCUUGGUGUUAAAUUCUUUGGUGGAUUUUUUACUUAUUGGAGAGAAGUCACCGAUGCCAUUGGUGAUUUAUAG